AUGGAUCAAAACUAUCUCUCAGCGGAUUUCUACGUCGAUCUUACGUCAACUUCUUCAGUCUAUUCAUAUGACGGUUUGCCUGGUGACCUUCUCUCAGAAAACAAUCCACCUCCCCUUGACCACGGUGUAGAUGGCGACGACGAUGUAGAUAUUGACGAAGAGGAAGAGGAUGUGGAAAAUGUUAUCGAUAAUGUUCAUGUCCGGUCUCUUGGAUCUACUAACAACAACUCAGAUGCGCAAAAGUCUUCUGUUCUUGACGGUGUCACUUCUGAGCAAUUCUUUUUAAAUCUGCCCGAAAUUGAUACUAAAUCUUUUAUUUAUGACUCAACGUACUUUUUGUUAGAGCCAGAAGAAAAGUCAGCCCCAAAGUUUUCUGAUAUGAAUACUAAUACUCCUGUUGUUGCUGAUCCCUUUGACCAACAAUCUCUCAACAAUAUUAUCUCAACACACAAUACAGAAAAUAAUAUGUCGAUAACAACUAAUUCAAAUAGCCUGGACAUCACUGCAAUGAAUACACAGAUUGUUCCAGCUAUAAAACUUGAAUCACUUCAAGACCAUACUACAUCCCCACCCGUUAACAAUCAUAGUCACACUACAACCGAUUCGGAAAGUGCACUUUUAGAACAACCAGACUUGCUUAUGUCUCUUCUUCCAGCAUCACAAAUGCAACAAACUUCACCCUCACCAGAAUUUACAAAGUCAUCUUUAAAGCAAAGCCCUAAUGUUCCAUCAAUUAUUCCAUCACCUAGCGAGCAUGAGUUAUCUACUUCUGCGAGCACCAAUACAUCUGGAUUUUUGCCAUAUUCUUCUCAUAGCUCUCCUGCAUUACAAUCUCCUCCACAACUUCCUUUGCCGGAGCUGCGAAGCAGAAAAAAUAGCAGCUCUAAUGUAAGACCAACCAUCAACAAAAUAUCUGCUCCAAAAACCAGCAGCAAUGUUUCCAGCAUGAACUCAUAUUCUUCUUUAUCUGCUGCAGAUCUUACUCCUCUACCUACUGAUCCCAUUCACACAGACGAAGAGAGAAAACGACGAAACAGAAUCUAUGCUAAACGUUCCCGUGAUCUUAAGAACCAAAAGUACAAGGAGUCGAUGGACAAGAAUAAGCUCAUGGAGCGCAAAAUGGACGAGCUCACUCGUGAAAAUAACGAGCUUAAAUUGAGCAAUCAGCGCAUGGAAUUUAAGAUUAAGCAACUUGAGCAACAGCUUCGGUUUUAUGGCAUUGAUAAUGGCAAGCAGGACUUGGACCACUCAUGCUACUAA